AUGGUUUGCAACUGGAGAGCGGAGGCGGAGCGACUGCCGUGCGAUGGGGAACGAGGGCGUUUCUAUUAUGAAGCAAGCUGCAGUACGCCGAAGCCGCUGGAGGUGGGGGAGGAGGAGGGGAGAGACGCAGGAUUACCGAAGCCGCUGCAGGUGGGAGAAGACAAAGGAGGAUUUGAGGAACCCCCCGCCGCGCUCGCCGCCCCCGCCGCCGCCGCCGCCGCCGCUGAGGGGAGAGACAAAGCCUAUGAAGAGAAAGAAGAUGUUCCAGUAGUUACAUUGGAAUUGGGUGGAGGUUUGAAUGCCAGUUCAAUAAAGGAAGGCGUGGAUGUAUAUUUUGAAUGCAACAUCAAAUCCAAUCCGUGGGUCUACAAAGUCUGCUGGAAGCAUAACGGACGUGACCUGAUGAACAACGCGUCAGCUGGUAUAUUUGUGAGCAACCAGAGCCUUGUUCUACAGGGAGUACAGAAAGAGUCGGCUGGUCUGUACACGUGCGUUGCUAGCAACCAGGAGGGAGAUGGAGAAAGCAACCCUCUUCUUCUCUCUAUCAGAUACGCUCCCGUAUGCCGUGACUCCGCCCCGCGAAUAAUAGGGGCCGCCAAGGGGGAACCCGUCAAAAUCCCAUGCGAGGUGGAAGCCAACCCCGACACAGGCCUUCACUUCCGCUGGCAGCUGAACACAUCAGCUGGUCAGCUGGUCGACCUCAGUCCAGCCUCCUACAGCGUCGCAGACAGGCUGCGCAGUGUUGCACUUUUCACUCCUGCGUUGGAACACGAUUUCAGCAGUCAGCUGAUUUGUGCGGCUAGCAACGCCGCCGGCGAACAGCGGCAACCUUGCAUUUUCCAACUCACUCCGGCAGGCAAACCAGACCAGCCAACCAACUGUUCGAUCGUGAACCAGACAGCUGAUGCACUACGCAUCGAAUGCAUGGAGGGCUUUGACGGCGGGCUGACUCAGCAGUUUGUGAUGGAGGUGUACGAUGCGCAGACGCAGAUGCUGGUUGGCAACGUGACGUCAUCGACCGCCCACUUCACCAUCGCCCAGCUGCACUCUGGCAUUGGCUUUGACAUUCUGCUCUAUGCGGCCAAUGGCAAGGGUAUCAGUCGGCCCACAACGCUGCAUGCCUACACGCUCAAAUCAGCUGAGAGGAGGACCGCCGAGACCCCGAUCAUCCCGCACCUGACACCUCUGCUAGGCGCUCUGAUAGGCGUGGUGGUGUCGCUGGUCCUGGUGCUGCUAGCUGUGCUCCUAGCUCUGCGACUGAGAGGCCGGUCGCACUUCGAGGACAAAACCAACGAAGCUGUCAAGGGAUCCAGUGAGAGUGCAGACAGUCUCGACAAGAAUCCUGAUAUCAUACCUCAGAACGAUGAUUACCAAGAUGCUGAUGAGAGAGCAUUUGAAAAACUAAACAGCCGGCCAUACGUGGCUCAUAUUAGUGCCGACAAACCAAGGGGCGAAGUGACCUACGCAGAACUCUCACUCCCGAGCUCAGUCUACUCGACACUGAUUAGACAAAAGCAGCAGCAGCAUCAUCAGCAGUUGCCGCCCCCCUGCCAAGGGGUGGGGGUUGGGGUGCCUGGACAGGGGGUGCACCUAGGGGGGCUGCAGGGGCAGGGGGGACCGCCCCCCGGCAUCAGUUGUCUACUCGCAGAUAGAUCCGUCCUCACUCACUGUUGAAACGCCACUAAUCUCGCAUACGCGCGAAUCAGCUACUGCAAUUGGUGACGCCCAACCGCCAGCUCUGCCAGUCACUGCCACCCGUUUCUGACAAUCAGACCGACCGUGGAUGACAACCGACAUUCUAUAAAAUCAUCAACCAAA